UUUAUGUCUAUAUAUAAGAGAGUUCAAAGUCAUUAUGUUUUGUUUCAGAGUGGUGCUUCAUGUUACCACUUUUGACUAGUGCCAUGGAAAUAUUUGGUUUGAAUUUGACAUGGGGAGAAAAAUGCAUCCUGGUUUGUCCAUUCUUUAAACAUUACGUUUUUAUAAUAAUCCACCUAAAUCAAAUCUGUCGUGCUGAAAAUGUCUUGCGUUCAUCCAUUACAUGUAUGAAAAGGCCAAGUGCACCAAGAACGUGGGAAUUGUUGUGAAAUAUGGUACCGGUUAUGGUACCUCGCUCAGGAAGAUGGUGGAAAAGAUUGAGAUCAGCCAGCAUGGCAAGUACGCCUGCUCCUUCUGUGGCAAGACUAGGAUGAUGAAAAAGGUUCUUGGCCUCAGGCACUUUGAGUCCUGCAUGAAAACUUUUGAUGGAGGUGUCUGGACAUACAACAUCACAUUGGCUGUCAUAGUUAAGUCUGCCAUCAAGAGACUGAAGGAGAUGAAGGGCUUUAUUUUUGUACAGAAUAAAACCACCAUGUCUUGGAUUUUGCAUUUUCUGCAUGGCUCAUUGGAACAUCCCACAAUAAAUUAAUUAUUGAGCUAGACAUCAACAACAAAAACCACAAAUUUUUGUCAUU